CCUGAAUCAUAAAUGAUAUUCCUUAAUUUGAUUUUUAAGUAGCUUUCAACCUGAUUAGUGAUUUGAUUAUCAAUUAAUUAAUCAUAAACCAAGCCAUUUAUUUUACACACAUUUUCGAUCCAUACAAUCGCUAGACAGAAUUCCAUGCACACUUCAUCCCUCUUAAUUUAAUCCAUCCGAUCCUACUGUCUCUGCAUCUGCAGCCGGCCUCACCUCACUAUAUAAUUCAACCCCAAAUCCUCCAUCUUAAUCCCGCUUAAUCCCGAGCUUAAUUAAUGGCUAAACGCUCCUUUAAGCUCAAAUUCCCCCGGGUUAUCCCGCUAAUCCAAUUCUGUCGCCCCAAACACAACUCCACUUUACCGGCAAUUUACCGGCUGUCCCCCGUAAACGCCAAAGCCAUAGACAUCGGCUUCCCCGGCCUCACCCUCCCGGUCCCGCCACCGUCCGCACUGGAGCACCCCUCCGUAAAGUGCCACGUGUCAUCCAAGCCCACCAAAUCCCUCGGCUGCGGAUCGUGCCGGUCCCGGUCAUCCACGCUAUUCAUCUCCGACUGCAACGUGGAAAUCACAUCAUCCGCAGAUAAUGACAAACUUAGUCAUAAUCAUAAUUAUAAUAACUAUAAUAAUAAUUUUAUGUCGCCGAUUUCGGAAACCGAGAAUUAUUACAGGAAGAAGCGGAACGAGGAGAAGAGGAAGACGAAGAGGAAGAAAUCGAAAUUGAAAGCGAAACCGGAGCUUCCGUUUAUAAAUGUUUCGUCGGGAAACUGGUUCAGCGGCGAAUUCGACGGCGGCGAAGAGAUCAGCGAAGAAAGCGGAACUCCGAUCUACUCUUCCAGAAGCUUCUCGACCGAAUUUUCGCUGGUGAUGGACACCAUAGGCCAGAAGAUCUCGGUACCGCACAAGCAGAGCAGCAAGAAGAGACCUAACAGUGGCGAUUACGAUAAGGUUCGUAGAUCGAAUUCAGAUUCGGAUUCGAAGAAAUCGGUGGGGACGACGGGCGGCGAGUUCGGAAAGAUAAAGACGGUGCUGCGGCCGAUGAGGGCGUGCUGGGGGGAAGAGGGGAGGGUGAGGGAGAGCGUGGCGGUGGUGAAGAAGUCGGAGGAUCCCUACGAGGACUUUCGGAGGUCGAUGAUGGAGAUGAUCAUGGAAAAACAGAUAUUCGAGGCCAAGGAGUUGGAAGAGCUCCUCCAUUGUUUCUUGACUUUGAAUUCCCGCCAUUACCAGGACGUUAUUGUGGAGGCGUUUUCUGAGAUUUGGGAGCUCUUGUUUUACGACCCUUCGGACCAAGAGGGAAAUUUUAGUUAAACUGAUACUGUCGUUUUUGCCCCUUAUUGUUUUACUAAAUUACUAAUGUAAAAAUAUUAUAGUUUAAAUACGUGAUCUUCGUAACACUACUCAUAAAUAUAUGUUGUCAAGUUUUCACCAGUAAUAAAAAAUUCUAAUCGUUGAAAUGCA